UUAGCUGAGCCUUCUUGAUUGUGCAACUCUCACCCAUCUGACCCAGAAGAGACACAGCCAGCAUUUCAUUGAAUAUCCCCUCUUGAAGCAUUCUCCUUCCCUCUAUCUCCUCCCUUUGUGUGUGUGUGCCCGCGUGUGUGCAUUCAUAUGUAUGUGUGGCACUCCUCUCUCUCUCCCUCACUCCAGCUGCUAAUGCAAAAUAACGUUUCAUCCAGCAACCCAGGGUCUAAUUACGAUAUUGGCGUGAUCAGCGUGGAUUCCUUGCUCCAUCUGGCAGACUGUUAAAAUUGCUUACCGAAGAGAAAGAGGAGGAGACAAGAACUGAGGUGGGCCGAGGAAGCCAUGGCUGCUGCCUAAAAAGCCACUCCUACAGACAGAAGAUGCCAUAUCCUCCUUGAGUUGUUAGAACGACUUUAUACUUUACACGAGGUACUUGACAAGAAGUAUCCAGGCCUAAUGGCUAUGGCUGGUGGAAAGCAGGAGCUUAAGAGAAGCAUAACCAUUAUACCUUGUUUUGUGUUUGUGGAGCUGGGGAUCAUGGCUGGCACAGUGGUGCUGGCUUACCACUUUGAGUAUUCAGAUACUUUUCCGGUGCACUUUCAAGGAUUCUUCUGCUAUGACAAUACUUUGGCCAAACCCUAUCCUGGGCCAGAGGACAGUAGCCGAGCACCUCCAGUCCUGGUCUACUCUCUUGUUACUGCUGUCCCCACCAUCACGAUACUUGUUGGAGAACUGGCUGCCUUCUUCUUCCAACCCACAAGGCAUAAGGAGAAAACCAUCACCUCGGGCGAGUGCUGUUAUUUCAAUCCCCUUCUGCGCCGCAUGAUCCGCUUCCUGGGUGUUUAUUCCUUCGGCCUCUUCACUACCACCAUCUUUGCCAAUGCAGGCCAAGUGGUGACCGGCAACCAGACUCCACAUUUCCUGUCCGUGUGCCAACCAAACUACACUGUGCUGGGCUGCCAACCACCCCCAGGCACAAUUUACGUCACAGACAAAGCAGCCUGCACUGGCAAUCCUCUCCUGGUCACUGCAGCCUGCAAGGCGUUCCCCUCCAAGGACGCUGCCCUCAGCGCCUAUGCGGUGGCGUACACUGUGAUGUAUGUCACGCUGGUUUUUCAGCUGAAGGGCUCCCGCUUGGCUAAGCCAUCCCUGUGCCUGGCACUCCUCGGCCCAGCAUUCUUGGUGGGUGUGGUGCGUGUGGCCGAGUACCGGAACCAUUGGUCUGAUGUGCUGGCUGGGUUCCUCACUGGUGGGGCUAUUGCCAUCUUUCUGGUGACAUGUGUGGUUAACAAUUUCCAAAGCCCUGUAUCCUCAGCCAAGGAAGUUUCUCCACCUGAAAAUCUACCCAGUGUUCCAGUCUUGGGAUUGUUGCCCUGUGUUGACAGUUCCCUUAACAAAUUAAGUGUGGCUCAGGUGAGGGACACCCCAGAAGAGUUUUCUACACUACUCUCAAGAGGUCUGGAAAGGCAGCUAGCACGAUCUCUACACUUGGCAGCACCUGGCAGUGCAACAAUGACCCAUCCCUAUGAAAUCACGGAGCUGUGUUCACAGAGGCCACCUGAUUCUCAAUUUUGUCUCUUCCCCUCCACCCCAGAUGUCCUCAUUCCCUCCCGGUCGGUCACAAGUGAAGUCUGACCUAAGAAAGCAUUCCUGAUAUGAAGCUAGAUCUUGGGAGGGGAGUGGGCUCUAACCUCAUACUCUCCAUUUCCCAACCUAUUUCUUGGACUUUCCCGGAAUCAGGUUUGUUAGUUGUCAUAACAUAGUUCUGGUUCUAUGAUAUGAGUGUGCAGCAUAGAUUGGGGAGGGAAAAUAAGGGUAAAAAUAAAAUCACAUCACUUUUUCAGUUGGUCUGAUGCCAUUCACCAGUUCUGUUACUAACUGAAUUUCUUCUCUAAGAAUGAGCUCUUGGGAUUUUGAUCACAGCUUGCUUUGACAAGGUUCUUUUGGGAAUUUGGAAUCUUUGGAAUCUGAUAAGGCAUUCUUUCCUUUACUGCUGAUUCUUUAAGAAAAAAGUUAGGUGUGAUUUCCAAAUAAAUAGCUCCAUUUUGGGAAAUAACCCUGUGAGUCUGAAGAAGGCACAUUUGACCAAGAGAGGUGGUUUUGAUGGUGGGGGUUUUAAAAAGAGAAGUUUAAAAUUAAAUUUGCAAACUUUAAUAUUCUGACUUGAAUAGUCAGAAAAAAUAUUAAUUAAUCAUUAUGGUAGCUAAUACUCUAUUUGAAGACCAGAAAUCAAGCAAAUAAGACUUUACUCAAAAUCUUAGGGCUGUCCACUAUAGGCAGUUUUGACAUCUUUUUGAUUGAGCUAUAAUCAAUAAACCUUGUUAUAAAAGUAAAUAAUCUGGUCUCAAGAUAUGGCCUUUGAUGAAGAAGAACUUUCAGCUAACAUUGGAAGGAUCUUGGUCCAAGGAGAUACAUGAGAAGAUACAUGUCAUUAGAAAGACUAGAUUAUGGUUUAGAUCCAUGCUCAGCUUCAUAUGAUGACUUCAUAGCAAAGGUUGGCUGAAGAAAAGUAAACUACACAUGAUCCACAAAACUUUCUUCUGAGCUUAGUCAUCAGAAACAAGCAAUAACACUCCAGCUCAAAUGGAUUCUCCCUAGAGUCAAUUAUUGCUGCUUUCCAGGGUGUUAUCCUAGAGUAUUUCUGGAGCUCAAUGUGAAAACAUUUUAAACAUACAGUUUCAUCAGCUCUGAACCUUGAUCAUUUGUUCCCAGUAGACACACCCUAGUUGAAUCUGGAGCCAUUUGCAUGCUGGGGGAGGGGGGAAGCUUUCAACAGAGCUGAAUUUCUAUUCCAUUGUUGUUUUAGGGAUAUGUUUUCAUUGCAAGAGAAAUAGAUGUCAAUCUUAUUCCACUGUAGUUACUUCCAAUGAGUAGAGAUUUUCAAAACUACCAUACAUUUCCAAACAAUGCCAUAUAGGAAGCCAUGACUUAUUGCUAACCUUGUUCUAGUUUAAAAUCACAAUGUGAUUCCUCACAAUUUCAGCUUCACUUUCUUGACUCACCCACCAUGCUCAAUAAUAGUUGUUGCAGCUGCUUGGCAGAUGAUCAUUAUUCCACACAGUUCUGCCGAAGGGGAUGAUAAUACCUCCCAUGUCCUCCAAAAAAUAAUUGGAGAUCCUUUAUAUUUCCAUUACUCCAUCAGUGAAAUCCAACUUUAUUGAGCAUUAUUUCCAUAAAGAUGGAAAUUAAAGAUGGGAAUUGUUCCAGAUUAGGAAAGGCUGCCUUUUUCUCAUUUUCCCUGCUACUCUUCCUGGUGCUGAUAAUUGUUAUUGUCUCUGCUACACAGUUGCUGGUCAGCUGCAUGGCACCUUCUGGGUGUAGCACAGGGAUGGGUGGGCUGUUGCUUGGAAAAAUUGGCAGAGUGCACUGCCCCCACUGUGCUCAGUGAAGAACUUCCCACAUCUUUCCAAAAUCUAUUUUAAUAAAUUUCUGUUUUAACAAUC